AUGUGUGGAAUACACCAGGGCCAGUACGUCCAGCACGCGCUGGUGCAGACGGAGGAGAAAGCAAACCUUGCUCUUUCGGUGGAUGCAUUCAAGAGGAACAACCCGCAGUGGUCGAAGAUUGAAGUCGUAAUGACAGGUAAAGCGAUGCAUGAGAAGGAAGUGCUCCAUGACGCCUGGCCAAAUGCGAGACGGUUGCUCUGCCGGUGGCAUGUCGAAACUUGGUUGAAGAAGCAGUGCUCUCGUUUGGGUGGAGUGGGAAGGGCGGAAACGAUGAAGCUAAAAGUGAUAAUGAAAGGGAUUGUGAGCGCUGAAUCUCAGGAGAAGUACGACGACUUGAAGGAUUCGUUGCUGGAAACGACAAGGAAAACAACUUGUACAUGA